UUUUCAUAGAAUCGUAGCGUACGGACGUCUCGCGCGUCGCGUAGACAUUUUAUUAUUUUCUCAGCUACUGGCAGAGCAGUUGCUGCGCGCAGCCAGCAGCAGCAGCAAAUAAGAAAGACAGAAUUUGUGUAUUGCAGCAGAAGUUUUCGCUGCGCACAGGCUGUGCCGCUGCUAGCGAGACACUGUCAAAAGAAAAGUGAGAAAAUUCUGUGGUGUGUAGAAUAAACUGCAACAAAUAUAACUGCUACGAGCAAGAAAAACAUUAAGUUCAAGGUUUAAUUCCAAACCGAAGUUCAAAUCGAGUAAAAAGAAAAAACUGUGUGCAGAUUUUUUGUAUACACUGUCGCGUGCGUGUGUGUGCUUGCGUCUGUGUGCGAGUGUGUGUGUUAGUGCGUGAGACUGCUGCAUUUUAUAAAAUACAAAUUCAACUCGCUCAAUUAACAAAAAAUGAUGUGAAAGAAAUUUAACAUUGUCUCGUCGAUAACUCUCUCUCUCGGUGUGUGUGGAAAAAUAUCUAAACCCAAUUACUCAGUUUGCUCUCAGUUUAAUUCGAUUGACACAGAGGCAGCAGCAGAGAAGCAGCAGCAGUAGCCCCAACAAAAUAUACACAAGGCGACAGACUUAACUUUGCCCACUGCGCCGCUGCUGUUGGUGGUGGUGGGAGAUGCACACACACACACUACAACAACAACAAGAGACGACAAAGCGCUGCUCUCAGCUCUGCUUUUGCGCAGUCAGAGUACGCUCUGAAUUCGCCGCAUCGCUGUUUGGAAACACCUUGCUCCAAUAUAUUAUUUUGCCUCGCCUGCCCCCCGCCUCCCGCAUAUCGACAACACUUUGUGAGCACAAAGAGCAGCGCACGAUUCUGUUGCCGUCACCGUCUCAGUCUCAGUAGCAGUCGCGGCGUAUUGCGAUUCUUCUUUGGCUGCAGCGCAAAAAUUCGUCUGACAUCGUCGCAGCAGCAGCAACAAAGAAAAGAUAAAAAUUUUCUUUAUUUUAUUUUUUUGUUGGGUUGUACAUUUUUGCCAAUGCUGCAUGCGAUAUUCUUUCAAUUUGCAAACGGCUGAAGCUGAAGCUGCUGCAACAACAAUAACUACAAGCAGAACAACAAAGCAGGAGCAGCGGCUUCAACAUUGUCGCCGCGUCGCAGCAGCAGCAUCGCCAGCCCAUUUUACUCGACAUGUACUACAACAACAACAACAAUAAUAGUGACUACAAGCAGAGCAACAACAACUGCUACAACAUCCAGAACAACAACUGCUACAACAUCCACAACAACAACAACACUAGCGACGCUAACAUAGAACAGAACCCACAGCAACAGCCGCAAAUGCAGCAGGCAACAAGCGCAGACGGAGCGAAGGACGACAACAGCAGCACGGGCAACAGGACUCUAGCAGCAGACGGAGCCACGUCCAAGGCGAGAGCCAGAGCCACGUCGUUAAUCUAUUUGCCGCCUUUCUGCUAUACAGGCGGACAUGUGCCUGCGGCCAGCAGCAGCGAGCUAAGCCCGAGUCAGCACAGCAGCUGCUGUUGGCAGCGGCGGGAAUACGGCCAGCAUAAGAAUUAUGAUAAACAUGCCACAGCGACAACGACGCUGAUAGCAGCAAAAGUAGCAGCAGCAGCAGAAGUAGCAGGGCGCCCAAAGAACAAAGUAGCAGCAGCAACAGCAGCAGAAGUAGCAGCAGCAACAAUGUUCUCAUCCUUAAUAAGAAAUGCGUCGGUGGCGCGUAAAUUCCUGCAGCGUGAUAUUCAGUUAGCCGCAAUGGACGGCGAUGACGAUGCCGACGAGUGCUGCAUCGAUCUCAGGCAGGCGUCGCAAUUAGUUAUGCCAAUUGUUGUAGGUGGUUGCUGCAACAACGUCUUGGAAUGUCUGGCGGUUGUGCGGCGCCAACGACGUGAGCGAAUGCGACGCGAACGACAAAGUCAUGCGUCGACUGCCGCACUCGUCGUCUCCUCGCUGGCCACAACAACAAAUUCAAUCAGCAGCAACAGUGCAGCAGCAGCAGCAACAACAACAACAACAAUAGCAGCAAGAGCAGCAACAAAAAACAGUUCGCAAACAACGACAACGGCAUUGGCCACAAAUGGCGCAAUGCUGCCGCAAAAUGUGGAUGUAGCCGCAGCUGAGAUGCUGGAUAACGAUGAUGAUGAAGAUGAAUGUAGGUGCUUUAACUAUAACGGUGAUAUUAGUGCGCUGGAACGUCUAGAGCAGGAGCAACAGCAACAGCAGGAGCAAGAGCAACAGCAAAUGGAGCGGCUUGAGUGGCAUCAACUUCCUAGCAUUACGUGGCUGAAAUUCUGGCAGCAGCUGGCCAACAACGCCUCCAACUCCGACACCAAUGCGACAACGAAAACAACGACGACGACUACGACGACAACAACAAGGAGUAGUGGGAGUCCGCAGCCAAUCACAAGGAUGCCAACGAGAUGUGGCAACAACCACAGCAUCAGCAGCAGCAGCAGCAGCAUGACGUCGACAAAAAGUUGGCUGGGACCGCUGAUGCUGACGCUGCUACUGGCCACGUCCGUAAGCGGCUGGGGCGGCCGUCAAGAUGCGCCCACAAAUUGCACAUUUCCGGCCAGAUGGGAGGGCUCCUGGUUCCUAUCGGGCUAUCAGCAAUCCAUACACAUCAAGGGAUCACAGUUCAGCUAUCGCGGCAGGUGUGCGGCCUCCGAUGGUAACAAAUAUCUGAUUGUCGAUGAGAAAGGAUGUCAUCGUUGCCUGGUUAUCUAUGAGAAGCAUAAGAAUGUGCUCCAGUAUAAAGAAAGUGAGUGCGAAGGUGAUAGUAUGUAUAUGCAUCAGUCGAAUCCAUCUGCACUGGCGAUGCGUAGCUCUAUAAAACAAAGUGAUCAUAGGGGGGGAGCUCAUCCCAAUACGAACGGGCAUUCAAGACUAUCAUCAUCGGAUCAGUACAUAAUGAGAUCCAAUGACGAUAUGAAUGAUUGUCCCCCAGACUUUUGCAAGGGCCGUGAGACUUUACAGAAUCUCUGCGAUCAAAUACCGGGCGAUGCUCUGCUCUAUUCGCUGUUCCGUGAGAGUGCCGAACCGGUCAAGUGUCCGCUAAAGGGUCCCUUCAUCUUCACAUAUAAUCGCGGACAUGGCGAAUGCAAGUCACCAGUCUCAAAUAUCGAGAGCUGCACCGAGGAGAGUCGCCUUCUAUUAAGUUUUCAGGCCUGCCCCGAUGUGCAGGGCACCGAGAGUACGGUUGAGGAAUUGACCUGUUUGGCGACCUGGAAGGAUGGCAAUUCACGCUAUUUGGUGGGACUGGUGUCGCAUCAUCAUGCCAUUUCGAAUGAGGAGCGUUAUCGUUGCUUUGUUUACGAGAAAAUCUCCUCGCUGAUGGGUGGCCCCAGCAUGCUCAGCUCCAAGGAUGCCGAGUAUAAGCUGGCACAAUCCGGCGACGCCACUUGCAACGGCUUAGACAGCGCCGAGGUUGGUUCGCGUAUAAUGUCGUUGCGGAAACCGCCAGCGGCUGAGCGCUGCGAUUUUCCCGCCUGGUUCAAGGGUCCGCGACACUGGCAUGCACUUAUGGGCAAUGCCGUCUACAAUUAUCAUUCCAACGAUGGCUCUGUGCACAUUAUUAAGCCCAACGGCUAUAUGGAGACACGUGCUCUCUGCGAACAGAUAAACAAACAGACCUCAACCGAAAUGAUGGCUGUGGUGCACUACACCACCGGAUGCCAAUCGGGUUUUAUGUGCAUGAUGUUUUACCGUCGGGACACGCACGUCAUUGAGAUACAAACAGGCAAGCCGGCGAUUCGUCUGGAGGAUGCCUGUGCCUCGGAUCACUUUGACUUCAAUAAGAUGGCCUACAUAACGCUGCUCGCAAGUAAUCCGGAACCGCAUAUUUGCCCAAUGGAGGGCCUGUACAAUCUGCGAGGCGCAAUUGGGCCGCCCUACCUUGUCACGCGCCACAAGCGCAAUCACAAUGGCAAAUCGCAUCUUGGACAUGGCCAUCAUCAUCACAGCGAAUCGGUUGGCUCAGAUUCCGGCUCAUUUGGCCACAAGGGUCACAGCACACUAAGCUUUCGCAAUGCCGAGCGAAUGGAGCGCAGCUCCUGGCAUGCCAACACACGCGGCCUGCCCGUCCGCAGUCGACGCAAUGCACCUCCAGCACAACAGCAGCAGGAUCAACAUCAUCAGGAAGCAUUGGUUCUGGGCGGUCUCAGUAGCAACGAUACCAGCGUGGGAUUUAUUGCCACACGAAGUCGUCGCGACGUUCCCGGUUGUGUGACCAAUUACAAUUCACAGCGACAGCUUUGGGUUGGCUGCAGUGCACCGAAUGUUAUCGAUGUGAGCCCACUGUGCACCGUCGAUGGUGAGGAAGAAUACUCGUGUCACGGGUCGUGGAACGAGAACAGCACUGUCUAUAUUAUAGCACGGCACAAGGGCACCAAGCACGGUGUCUGCAUUAGCUACAGACCAACGGAGGGCAACGCAGCCAAGUUGGUUGUGGGCGAUGCCUGCUAUCGCGGCACACAGAAGCCCCCAGAUCACCAUCUGGUAGCCAAUCUGUCUGUUUUUGGUAAAUGCGGCGAAACGGGCUCGAGUGCCAGCACAGCUCACUUGGCCAACUGGCUGCUAUUGUUGACCAUGUUGACGUGGCUGACGUUGCAGAGUUGAGUUUCUGAGCAACACAAUAUUUUGGGAGUGCACAAAUUAUACAAUUUCACACUAUAUGCAACACUAAUCCCAAAACCACAACCAAAACUCCCAAUAUGAUGAUGAACAUGUAUACAAGACACACACUUAAGACUUAUUGUACAUUUGCAUAUUGUAUAUGUAAGGCGUUAACGAUUCAAAUAUGUUUUGCUGUAUAUAACUAAUUUGUUUAUCAUUUAUAUUUAAAUGA